AACAAAACAAAUACAUCUCACGAUCCUUUCUUUUCGCGGCAAUUUUUUCCCUUAACAACACUUCCUUCUUCUUCUUCUUAGUUUUUUUUUUUUAAAAAAUUCUUCAAAACCUAAUUUGUCUCCUCGUUAUUUCUAUUUCUAUUCAAGAAAUUUAAUUAAUUAAUUUAGUUGAAGCAGGUAAGCUUGCUGUGAUGCAAUUCACCGGUAAAUUCAGUUAAAUAAAGCAUGUCUCCAUAAAAACAAUUUUGUCGUUUCUUGUCUUUUUUUUCAACAAUAUUUUAAUGCCAUAAAUUUCACAUUCAAUAAUAUUGAAGGACUCUAUUGGUGGUGAUGUAAUAAUAAUACUGUUAUUUACAUUCAAUAUGUCAUGUGAUUUUCAUUUUCAAUAGUACUUUUCACCCCCCUCUCUCUCUUGCCAUAAAUAUAUCUCUUAGUAUUCUCAUGUGUUAGAUUCAAGUUUUAACCAUGAUAGUAGUUAUGUUUCACAGAGAAUAUGAGAUGGUUCAGAAAAGAACCUGGAGGAAAUGAAUCAAGAGAUGUUUUGGGAUUGAACAUAACAAAACAGAACAACACAAUGACAGUUGAAAAGAGAUUUGUUCUUGUUGGGAUUAGAAUAGAUAACCAAAGCAGACAGCUUCUCAAUUGGGCUAUUAUUAAAGUUGCUCAACCUGGUGAUUCUGUUAUUGCUAUACAUGUAGUUAAAACUAAAAGUUCAGAUUAUGUUUCCAAAAACAAGAGCCUCAUAGAUGGCUAUUUAGAGGUUUAUGAAGGCUUGUGUGAUAUGAAGAAGGUUGGUCUUUCUGGUCAAAUCUUAACAGGAAAGUCCAUUAAGGAUAUUCUUGUUAGAGAAGCAAGAAACCAGGGUGCUUUGGCUCUCGUGGUAGGGGGUAAAUCUGCCACAGCUAAAUAUUGCGCCAAACGGCUUCCACCCACCAUCAAUGUUCUGGCCAUCCAAGAUUCAAGGAUUGUCUUUGGAAGGUGUAACAAUAAACAACCAUCAGGUAGUCUUAUAUUGGAUCCAAGUCCAAGUUUAGCAAGCAUAGAUAACCUGAGUGACAAAAUAAUCCAAUCUGAAUUUGGUUUUCCCGUGAUGGAGAGUGAGAAAUCGCCGCGCCAAAAUACCAAGGAAUCGAAAGAAGAAACACUUGAGGAAUCAGAAAAGUACAAGUCACGGUCGAUAUCCAUGUUUGUAGGCGACCCUUCUGAGCCGAAGCUUGGAUGGCCUUUACUCCGCAGAGCGAAUUCAGAAAUGUCACCAAACCAUCAUGGAAGGGACAUGUCUGUAGUACAAUGGGUAAUGACCUUACCAGAUCGUUCACCACAUAGUAGUUCUCAAUCAUCUUCCAGCGACGAAAAUCUAUUCGAGAGGAGCAUCAGUGAAAUUGAGGAUGAGAGCUUCAAAAAUUAUUCACCUUCAUCUGUUCUACUACCAAAAGGCAUAGAAGGGAUAUUAAAUCUAAAUUCACUUAAUUGCAAGUGGUUCAGCCUUGAGGAUCUCAACUCCUGCACAAGCCAAUUCUCUUCAGAUAACUUGAUCGGGAAAGGCGGGAGCAACCGUGUGUACAAAGGAGUACUCCCUGACGGAAAGCCAAUUGCAGUUAAAGUAUUGAAUUCAUCAAAAGAAGCAUUGAAAGAUUUUGCCUUUGAGAUGGAAAUAAUAUCCUCAUUGAAGCACAAAAACAUUACUCAACUACAUGGAAUUUGCAUAGAGGACAAUACUUUAAUAUCUGUUUAUGAUUAUUUUUCUAAAGGAAGCUUAGAGGAAAAUCUACAUGGAAAGAACAAGGAUGGAUCCCUUUUAUCAUGGGAAGUGAGAUUUAAUGUAGCUGUUGGAAUCGCCGAGGCGCUUGAUUACCUACACAAAGAAGCUUUGAAGCCUGUUAUACACAGAGAUAUCAAGUCUUCAAACAUUCUUCUUUCCAAGGAACUUGAACCACAAUUGUCUGAUUUUGGACUUGCUAUUUGGGGACCAACAACUUCAUCCUUUUUGACAAAACAAGAUGUAGUAGGAACAUUUGGUUACCUUGCUCCUGAAUACUUCAUGUAUGGAAAAGUCAGCGAUAAGAUCGAUGUCUAUGCCUUUGGUGUCGUACUACUUGAAUUGAUAUCAGGUAGGGAACCAAUCAGCUCUGAAUCUUGCAAAGGACAGGAGAGCUUGGUAGCUUGGGCAAAACCAAUAAUAGAGAGUGGAAAUAUCAAAGGUUUGUUAGAUCCAAAAUUAGAAGGGAAGAUUGAUGAAACCCAAAUGCAAAGAAUGGUUUUAGCAGCAUCUUUAUGCAUCACACGGGCUGCUAGACUUCGUCCUAAAUUUAAUCAGAUACUGAAGAUCCUAAAAGGGGGUGAUGAAAUUGAAUAUUGCUUCAAUGAACAUUCAGAGAAUGAAGAAAACAUUGAUGAUGAAGUGUAUCCAAAUUCAAGUACAGAGUUACACCUAACUCUUGCAUUACUUGGUGUUGAUGAAGACAGUACAUCUUCUAGUAGUACAGACCAUAGUGAAAACUUGAAAGACCGAUGGAGCAGCAGGUCUUCAAGUUUUAAUUAAUUAGUUUUUCUUUCACUUCUAACACCUAUUUAUCGUUAGUUUAUGUAUAUGUACAGUCAAAUUAUAAAAAAAUUAAAAAAAAAAAUUAAAAAAUAAAAGGAGUUACUCCCUUUAAUGAGGGGUUUUGAAGAUUUACGGAAAUAUAUUGUGUAUUUUGAUUGGAUGCAUGAA